UUCCCAAAGCAGAGGAGCGCGCGGCUGGAUCGCCUCGAGGCGGUGCGUAACGGCGCGGCGAAUCAUGAAUGAACGGCGGUCGGCUCUGAUAAACAGAGGCGUGUUUCUCCACAUGUCCCGAGCUUCUCUCUGAAAACACCGCACCUCCAGCCUCAUCUGCCUGCCGCGCAGAUCCGAGCGUAAAAAUUUGGAGUAUCCUAAAAAAAAAGGGGGGGGAAGAAAAAAAUAUGCAGAUGCACCCAGCGGCCACCACAGCGUUCCUCCUGCCGUGGGCUUGCUGCGCGCUGGCAGCCGGCUUCUCCAACGUGUCCGUGGACACCGAGGUGCGCUCCAGCUUCAUCCAGAGGCGGCUGCGCGGCCAGGAGCGCAGGGACAUCCAGCGGGAGAUCCUCUCCAUCCUGGGGCUGCCGCACCGGCCGCGACCCAUCGCGCGUGCCAAACGCAACGCCGCCCCGGCCUUCAUGCUGGAUCUGUACAACACCGUGUCCACGGAGCCAGAACCUUAUUCUCACUACAAGGCCGUUUUACAGAGUCGGACCUCCGCUGGCCUGAGCCCGCAGGACAGCCGCUUCCUGGACGACGCAGACACGGUGAUGAGCUUCAUCAACCUGAUUGAUCAGGAGCUUCUGUUCCGGCCGCUUUUACAAGAGUUUCGAUUUGAUGUGUCCCGUAUUCCAGAGGGAGAGGUCAUCACGGCGGCGGAGUUUAGGAUUUACAAGGAUUUCAUCCAGGAGCACGUUCAGAACGAAACCUUCAGAGUCAGUGUCUUCCAGGUGCUUCAGGAGGCCUCAGACAGUGACGUGGAGCUGCUGCUGCUGGGUCACAGAGAUGUCUGGGCUUCAGAAGAAGGGUGGCUGGUUUUCGACCUGACUGCUACAAGCACGCUCUGGCUGCUCCGCCCUGAACAGAACCUGGGUCUGCAACUGAUCGUCGAGGACAGCCGUGGCCGACGAAGGAACCCGCGGCUGGCCGGCCUGGUGACGAGMAGCGAGCCCAAGGAGAAGCAGACCUUCCUCGUCGUCUUCUUCAAAGCCAACGGGGUGCGGUUCCGCAGCGCCCGGUCGGCUCAUGGCCAAAAGGGCCGCCAGUCUAACCGCUCCAAACCACAGAGGACUGCUCAAGAUGCAGCCAAGGCAGCAGAGGCAGCAAAAAAUAACCUCAGCUUCUCUAAGGAAGGUUGUAACAAGCAUGAGCUGUACGUCAGCUUUAGAGAUUUGGGAUGGCAGGACUGGAUUAUAGCACCAGAGGGCUAUGCUGCAUAUUACUGCGAGGGAGAGUGCGCUUUCCCUCUGAACUCGUACAUGAACGCCACCAAUCACGCCAUUGUGCAAACUUUGGUGCACUUCAUCAACCCCGAAACGGUCCCCAAGCCCUGCUGCGCCCCCACGCAGCUCCACGGCAUCUCGGUGCUGUAYUUCGACGACAGCUCCAACGUCAUCCUGAAGAAGUACCGCAACAUGGUGGUCCGAGCCUGCGGAUGUCACUGACCGCUGAAGAAUCUGCAGCGAUGUGCUGAGAAGACAGCAGAGGAGAGGAGGUGCUGUCUGGUUAUCAGGGAACUUUAAUCUGAGGGUGGUUAUUUAUGAUCAGGAGCUAAAAAGGGCCUAAACUUGAUAUUUAAGCCCCGUCUGGACCGAUAAACCUUUGAAACGACUUUUCUGUGGAAGUUUAUUUAAGGUUACGGAGUAAGAUUUGACGUAAACCUCCAAGACUCUGUUUUUCUGCUGUUUUUUUGGAACAUCUGGAGGAUUUUGGGUGUUAUCAGGUCAGGUGUGAAACAUCUGGCAGACGACCUAUUAGACCUUUUAGAGCAGAGGAGAAAAACAAAGAGCAGGAUUCACAGAUUAAACUUACUGGAUUUGGAAAUAUCUCACCGCAUGUGUGAAAAUCUGAAAAAAAAAAAAUGCAGCUGCCGCUCGAUGACAAACCGAUGAAGCAGGAUGAGCACUGUGAUUUUAUUUUGUUACAAUUGUUUAGGGAGAAGCGGUGGAAGACGUAUAUUUAAUUCACAAUAACAUCGUUAACCCCAGCCCUGGCUUAUUGACCGUUCUGUGUACUUAACUCAGUUUGAAAUAUAUUUAUUUUUGUAACUUUUUCUAAAAUAAACCAAUGACUCAAUCUGUGA